CGCUGUCUCUGCUCUGUCGCGGUCGCUCUCGUCGAGAAUCUUCGACGCUUUCGUUCCUUUCAUGGCGGAGCUCUUCUCCUCGUUGCGCACUCCGUCUCUCUGCCUCUCUCUCCGAAGCUAGACGUUUUCCGAAGCGCCGGCGCCGUUUGCUUCGACGGCGAUGCCCUCGCAUCAACGGUAGCCGGGGCUGCGGGAGCUGCUGUUUGCUCGCGAUCGAGGAUCACGGCGAGGAAUGGAGCUGCGCGGUCUCCAUCGAGAAGCGUAGAGGUUAGGGUUUCGCCGGUUUUCUUCCUCGGACGAUCGAAUAGCUCGUUCGCGGGAACGUUCCGACGCACACAUCGUUGUCACACUGGUUUGUGGCAGCAGCUUUUAACGUGGAGAGAGAUGCUUGCGACUGUCUGAUAGCCGACCUCGACCUCAAGCAUAAAAAAGAAAAAAGAAAAAAAGUUCUUGUGACCGUAGCCACCCGCUACUUGUUCAAUUGAGUAGUUUCCUCUGCAGAAGAUAGGUUGUUUUGGUUCGGUGGUCGUUGCGAUUGAGCAAACGAAGUCGCUGAAGGAGUGCUGGACGCUAUGGAUCCUUCCCUAAUGAAGCUCCCGGAAGAAGAUGAGGACGAAAGCAUGCACUCAGGGGCUGACGUGGAGGCUUUCCAGGCUGCCCUCAAUCGGGAUAUUGGAGGUGAUACGUCGACUUCUCAGCCAUCAUCAUCCCAUAAAGGUGUCUCCCAAGGAGACAAUGAUAUGCCUCACCAAUCAUAUCCAGGAUGGCAACCGACUAACCAGGCUGCAAAUGCAAAUUCUCAAACUCACCAAGAGCAAAAAUUGCAGAACAUCAAGAACAGAUUUUGGCACAGAUGCAACUGCAGCAAGAUGAAUCUCUUGCCAAUCCCCAACGAAAUAACACCUUGGAGGAAGUCAAUCACCCGCAGUUGAAGCAGGAACAAGUGCAAGAUGGUCAUCAACCUGGGCAGGGACACCAAAAUUCUAUCCAGAUCAAGCAAUCUCCUGGGAUGCAAGUGUCAGAAAAGAAUUCCCUCCCUAUGAGUGGGCCAGGUAGAGUGCAUACUCUUGACGCUGAAUCUCAGUACUUAAAGUUACAGCAAAUGAGCAAUCAACAGGCAAUGGUCCCCAAGCAAGCACCAAAUAGACCAAACCUUGUUAAACAAGUGCCAUUUGCAUUGUUGCUCCCAGUGAUUCUUCCCCAGCUCGAGAAAGACAGAGCCAUGCAACUGCAAACCCUCUAUGCCAAAUUGAAGAACAAUGAUAUUCCCAAGGAAGUGUUUGCGCGGAACAUGAGAGGAAUUGUUGGAGACCGGAUGCUGAAGUUGGCAGUUAUGAAAAUGCAAACACAGCCUCCCCUGCAGUUGCAAGUUCAGGGUUCAGCUUCAGCUCUACAGCAGCACCCUAGAAUGCAGCCUGCUAGCGGUGCAAAGUUCAGUGAUUCAUCUCCACCGGGCCAAGUCCAUUCCCCAAUGAAUAGAAAUGGUCCAAAGUCUGGAGAGGUGGAACAGAUACCAGAGCCUCGAUUAAUGCAGCAGCAGCAUUUUCAGAACAUGCAAACAUUUCCUAAGUGUGGAAGUCCUGGUGUUUAUCAUCCAUUCAGUGGGACAAAUGUAAACAUAGCUACUUCAUCUGUCAAAACACAACCUAAUGAUUUACAAAUGAAGCAGAUUCCAAAUCAUCAAAGUUUGGGUUCAAUUCAGCCAGGAGGGGCAGCUCGGACAAUAAGCCUGGUGACUGCACCAAAAUUUGAUCGGCAGCAUCCUAACAGUGAUGACAAGAAAGCGCAAUCUUCUCCUCUGCCACCAUUUGCAAGUAAUGUAUCACGCCAACAAAAUUUAGUUCCUUGGAAAUCAUCUACUGCUAAAGACCAAAGUUUGGGUGCCAUCUCACCAUCAGCCUUUGUAAAACAAGAACCUGUUGAUCAUUCCAGCAUUCAACAAAAACCACAGUUGUGUUCCCUUCCCGGAUUGUCCUCUGUUUCAGCUGGACAUCUUGAGCAAAGAGUUCCCAAACUAGAAACCUCAAGGGACAAUUCACUAGAGCAGCCGUCCCCAGGAGCAGGUUUCUUGGCUCCUGCUAAUACUGGGACUUCGCAUCAGGGUUCUCUUUCCACAACACCAGCUCAGGAUUCUAAGCUAGGCUCCCAAACGGCAUCCACACCAGCUGGGAAUAAUGCAAGGAGGCCUUCUAAAAAGACUUGUCUCAGCCAGAAGAAGCCUCUUGACACACUUGGUUCUUCGCCUACUCCCUCAAGUAAGAAGCAAAAGGUAUCUGGGACUUUCACAGAUCAAAGCAUCGAACAACUCAUUGAUGUCACUGCUGUUAGUGGGGUCAAUCUCAGGGAAGAAGAAGAACAGUUGUUUUCCGGGCCUAAAGAAGACAAUCGAGUCUCAGAAGCAUCCCGAAGAGUUGUCCAAGAGGAAGAGGAAACUCUGAUAUUGCAGCAAGCUCCCCUGCAGAAAAAAUUGGCGGAGAUCAUGGCCCAAUGUGGUGUGCAGAAUAUAAGCAAUGACGUAGAGCGGUGUCUGUCUUUGAGUGUGGAGGAAAGGUUGCGCAGCCUACUGUGCAAUUUGAUAAGAGUCUCCAAGCAGAGGGUUGAUGUUGAGAGGCCCAGACAUCAGACCAUUGUCACUUCAGAUGUCCGGCAGCACCUUAUGAUUUUGAACCGCAAAGCUAAGGAAGAAUGGGAGAAGAAACAGGUUGAAGCAGAAAAGCUAAGGAAACAAAGUGAGCCCGAGGGCAGUCAAGGAGUUGAUGGUGAUAAAGAAAAGGAUGAAGGCCGUGGAAAAUCCGUGAAGGCAAACAAAGAGGAAGAUGACAAGAUGAGGACAACUGCCGCAAAUGUUGCUGCCCGAGCUGCUGUGGGAGGAGAUGACAUGUUGUCCAAGUGGCAGCUUAUGGCUGAACAAGCUCGUCAAAAGCGUGAGGGAGGGUUGGAAGCAGCCUCUCAGGUCGGUAAAGAUAGCCAAAAAUCUUCAAUUUCUGGAAGAAGCAAUAAAGACAAUCAAGCAGGAAAAAGGGGACAGGCUGCAUCUGGGGUCAUUAGAAAAUUAGGAAGGAACCAAGCUAUUGCAUCACAACCAAAGGUAGUUCGUACAAUUUCUGUCAAGGAUGUGAUUGCUGUUCUGGAAAGGGAACCUCAGAUGGCGAAGUCUAGUCUCAUCUACCGCCUUUACAAUAAAGUUCGUUCUGAAUCUAGCGGUGAAUAAUUGAAGUGGCAAUAUUGGUCUCCACUUUUUAACUUCAUAUCCAGCUGCCUCUUUAAAUCAUUCAAUGAAGUGCAAAAAGCUGUCAAUCCAGAUCAAGUCUCACCAAUGUACUCAUUCUUGAUGGGGAAAACAUUCUUCCAUUUUUUAAUGUGGUAGACACUAAUCUUAGUUCAACCUCUUUAAAUUUAGGGAUGCUUAGUGCAUUUUCCUGGUAUAUCAUCUGUAUCAUAGCUUUUCUUCUUUUGAUUUUGCAUGUAUUUCGCAGAGAUUGCUCUGCCGCCAUUUUAUUUUGGCAGUAGUUGGGGGUUUCCUCAGUACAUAUCUGGUAUAUCUCUGUCAUAGUAGCUUAGGAAUUCUCAUUGCCGACAUUGUGAUUAAUUGUUGGGAGUUAGGUGAAUGGGAAGGUUUUCUGUAUGUGUAUUUUGGAGGCUACGUCGACUCAUUAAAGGAAUAUGGUCCCAUGUAACCUCAAAUAAAAUCACUGGCCUUUUUCUUCUUCAGAA